UAUAGUGAAUGCAGGGUCCGGGGAGACCAGAUAUAGUGAAUGCAGGGUCCGGGGAGAGUGGAUAUAGUGAAUGCAGGGUCCUGGGAGACCAGAUAUAGUGAAUGCAGGGUCCGGGGACACCAGAUAUAGUGAAAGCAGGGUCCGGGGGACCAGAUAUGGUGAAUGCAGGGUCCGGGGAGAGCGGAUAUAGUGAAUGCAGGGUCCGGGGAGACCAGAUAUAGUGAAUGCAGGGUCCGGGGAGACCAGAUAUAGUGAAUGCAGGGUCCAGGGAGACCAGAUAUGGUGAAUGCAGGGGUCCGGGGAGACCGGAUAUAGUGAAUGCAGGGUCCAGGGAGACCAGAUAUAGUGAAUGCAGGGGUCCGGGGAGAGCAAAUAUAGUGAAUGCAGGGUCCGGGGAGAGCGGAUAUAGUGAAUGCAGGGUCCGGGGAGAGCGGAUAUAGUGAAUGCAGGGUCCGGGGAGAGCGGAUAUAGUGAAUGCAGGGUCCGGGGAGAGCGGAUAUAGUGAAUGCGGGGUCCGG